AUGGAAUUGAUACAGAUCGAUGAUUUCGAAGAGAAUGGAGAAAUGGUUGACCUCCAUUUGGAAAACUUCAGAGAUGGAUCUGGUUUCGAAGAAAUUGACAAACAAAAUAUUUUAUUAAGUUGCAUCCUCUUCUGUGCAACUGAUCAACAGCGCCUGAGAAUGGGAAUAUCGAAGGAGAAGACAAAGGAACUGUUCGCAGCACAGAGAAACGUUGUACAAAAGAGCGAAUUCAUCAAAAACGCUGUUAGAGAGUUCAUUGGCGAUAAUGAACAUAGAAUUAGGAUAUUAUCUCCACUUUUAUGA